UAGACGUUAGGAGGGAGGUGUGUGUGUGUACGCCUCUGAGCGAGUCAAACAAAGAGGUGACACCACUUCUUCCUGACUGUGCAGCUGUACUUCAAUCCAGCACCUCUGCAUUGGACUCUUUCGGCUUUUGGCGUCGCGCUGCACUGGGGAUAUCUUGUCCGUUUCCUUCAUUGAUUGGGUCGGUGCGUUCCCCGGUGACUUGAUAGGAAGACGGGGCUUGUUCGCGGCUCUGGCCACUGCCUGCGGUGCUACGCUGAGGACAGUCACGGACGGGUUUAUUUCUCGGGGACAAUGGCCUCGGCGGAGGAGAACAGACAGCGCAUUCUGGAUUUCAUGAAACAACCGGGAAACGACUCGUGCGCGGACUGCGGAGCGCCAGAGGCGGACUGGGUGUCGUGCACGCUGGGCGUGUUCCUGUGUCAGGGAUGUUCUUUGCUCCAUCGAAGCCUCCCCCACAUCAGCCGUCUGAGAGCAGCAAACGACCCCGAAUGGGACGCAGCAGACGUGGAGCUAGUGAUGUCGGUGGGUAACGUAGCAGCCAAGGCCCAGUAUGAACAGAGUGUCCCAGCAUUCUACUACAGGCCCAAACACUCAGACUGCAGGAUACUUCGGGAGCAGUGGGUGAGAGCCAAGUAUGAGCGACAGGAAUUCAUGUACAUCGAGAAACAAGAGCCAUACUCUGCAGGCUAUAGGGAGGGCUACCUAUGGAAGAGGGGGCGGGACAACGGCCAGUUCCUGAGUCGCAAGUUUAUCCUGACGGAGAGAGAAGGAGCCCUCAAGUACUACAACAAGCAAGAUGCCAAGGAGCCCAAGGCGGUGAUGAAGAUCGAGACCCUGAACGCCACAUUUCAGCCGGCCAAGAUUGGGAACCCCUGCGGCCUGCAGAUCACCUACCUCCGAGACAACAGCACACGCAACAUCUUCACCUACCAUGAGGACGGCAAGGAGAUGGUGGACUGGUUUAAUGCUAUCCGCGCAGCUCGCUUCCAUUACCACCAAGUGGCUUUUCCAGGGGCCAGUGACACCGAUCUCAUCCCCAAACUCACACGCAACUUCAUGAAGGAGGGCUACAUGGAGAAAACAGGACCCCGGCAUACUGAGGGCUUUAAGAAGAGGUGGUUUACUAUGGACGACAGGAGACUUAUGUACUUCAAAGAUCCACUGGAUGCCUAUGCCCGCGGUGAGGUCUUCAUCGGCAGUAAGGAGAAUAGCUACACUGUGUUGCCGGGGCUACCCCCCACCACGCAGGGUUACCGAUGGCAACACGGCAUCACCAUAGUUACGCCCGAUAGAAAGUUCCUGUUUGCGUGUGAGACGGAGGCCGAGCAACGUGAUUGGAUAGCAGCCUUCCAGAGAGUCGUCAACCGACCAAUGCACCCGCAGGAGUACGCAGUUGAGGCCCAUUUCAAACACAAGCCCUGACACCAUUGGCUGCCUACCUCUUGGAUGGACGGCCACCAGCCAAUCCAGAGCCAGGCUGCCAGGACAGCUCCCGCCUCCCAACCCGCCUCGUCCAAUCAGCAGGCGGGAUGCAGGAUGCAGAGCUAGCUGUGUACAGUACAGGAGGACUUUGUCCCUGACCAUGCCCCUCCGCCUUCCCUCCCUCCCACCCUCACAAUCAUUACUCAGCCAAUCAUAACGCACUCCUCUAGUUACGUAUAAGCCCUCUCAUUGGUUGGUUUGUGUAGUGAGCCAAGCUCUCUGAUUGGCUGGUUGUGUAGUUGCCCCGGCAGCAGGAUGGUGAAUGUGAAUGUGAAUGUGAAGGACGUUUGCAGGACAGCAGGAUGGUGAAUGUGAAUGUGUGACUGUGAAGGACGUUUGAAGGACAGUGGCAGA